AUGGAUUCCCAAAAAGACAACUCAAAGGACGAGGCCAGCGCCUCGGCUCAUGCAGACAAAUCCACCGUUGACAUUGCGGAGGACAGCGACUCGGGCGAUUCUCGAAGCAUCAUUAGUAACAGAUCUAGCGAUAGUGGAGGGCAAUCGACUCUGUUUAUCAGCUCUACCAUCUCUAGAGAUGAUACCCUCAGCAAGUCAUCCAAGAAGCGAGAUCUGCUAUCCAAGAUAGGCAGCAGGUUUGAGAAAGAAGGGGUUCUCCAAAGAUUGAAUAAGUCGGAUGAAAAUCAGUGGAGCUUACCUCCACCGCCCAAACUGUUGGGUCCUGAACAAGCUAUGCGUUUGCAUCCAGACCAGGGACCAAAUUCACGCCCCCCUCCCUUUCCUCGGCAGCCUGCACAGCCUAACCGAAGAUCUCCUGCCGCGCGUCCAAAGGCGUUGAAUGAUGCCAAGUGGCGCCAGAGUCUGAUGAAAAAGCGAGGGCCUUUGCCGGGAGUCAACACGGCUUCUCAGUCCCCCGAACGAAGCCAGCGUAAAUCUGGCGACGGGGGUGGGGCGAAGAGUGUGUCAACAGCAAGCAAAGCCCCUGACGGAAGUACCUCGAAAGGAGCAGCAUCGAAUACCCUUGGGCUGGCAGAAUCUCUUACAGAAGUCAUGGAAAAACAUCUUGAUCUCGAUGUUAUGGACCAGUCCCAGGAGACAUCUCAGUUCAUUGCUUAUCUUCUAGAUACGAUUGAGCUGCUACACAAUCAACUGAACUAUGCUCGAGCCCCAGAGUCGGAUCCCACGCCAGCGUCUCGUGGCUCGCAUGGUGAUUCGGACAGCCAGCAAGAGCCCCCGCCUCGAGUUCAUAUCCUGCACCAGAUUCAUUGCCCGCAUAUGCUACACCCUCACGAUACUUUCACUUACGAGGAUGAACCAAAAACAAUGACUGAUGCGAAUACUGGCUUCACUAUGCUUGCUGGCAAAGUCAAGGUCUCCAAUUUGGAAGCUUUCCUAAGCAAGCAUCCAGAGAUAUGCUUCGUCGUCUUCAAGGAGUAUGAUUGCGCGCCGUUCCAAAGCGCGUCUUCAGCACAAGCUCCGAGAAGGCAUAAAGCCUUGAAACAGGUGGCAGAGUUCCCAAGCGGCCCCGGGAAUUUAAGCGACUCAGAGUCUGAUUACCAACGGAUGGAGGCACCGUACUUGUUUCUCUUUCAUCACCGUCAGAAGUUGGAGAGCUUGGCAGAGUCCAACCCAACCUAUGGAUCCGUACUUGUGCCGCUGUUAAACUUUAUAGAGGACAACUACGGCCAGGAAUACAAAGAGGCGGACGAGCUUCUGAAAGACGGGUGCAUCACGGCCGAACAUAUCACGAAGCUCUUCAAGCCUAAUCACGUGGUUCUGAGCCGACGGGCUGGUGGCACCCUCGAGGCCUUCGUUCUCGAAAGUUAUGCUGAGGUUGAAAAAGACAGGGUGGACUUCGUAGGCUGGUCUUGGCAGUACGACGGUUCUGAGCUAUUCAGGAAGUUUUGGACAGGCAAGAUGAAUAGGGUUGCGGAAGGACGUACCCCUAUCGCGGAUUUGUCCAUACACCCUAUCAAGUUUGCGAGAGUGGCCGACAUCGAGGCACUCGAGACGAGGGGCCGACAAUUCUGGGACAUGAGAGACCAGGUCUAUAAGUGCUACACGGGCUGGGAUAAGUCGCGGAGCUAUUACUACGUAAUGAACUUGAAUGUUGAGAACUUCUUCCCGGUCAACUGGAACAAGAAAGCAUUCGAGCGCCUGGUUCUCGAUCCCAAGACUAAAGAGAUGAUCUACGCGCUGGUUGAUGUCCAAAGCUCAGCCGAGAAAAUGGACGAUAUCAUCAAGGGAAAGGGCAAUGGCCUCAUUGUCUUACUCCACGGCAGCCCGGGGACAGGGAAAACACUGACGGCAGAAAGCGUGGCCGAGAUCGCAGAGAAGCCCCUUUAUCGGGUUACCUGUGGAGACAUCGGAACCGACGCCAAGGAAGUCGAGGACUAUCUACAAACUGUGUUGCACUUGGGCAAGAUCUGGGACUGUGUGUUUCUCCGCGUCCUCGAGUACUAUGAAGGCAUCCUCAUGCUGACUUCCAACCGUGUCGGAACCUUCGAUGAAGCGUUCAAGUCGCGCAUCCAAGUUGCCAUUCAUUACGACAACCUGUCGAAAAAGGCACGAAAGGCCAUCUGGCGCAACUUUUUCGAUAUGAUUGAGGACUCGCCGCAUGAAGAUGUCAACAUGCCCGAGCUCGAGCGACGGCUAGACGAGCUCUCGGCCGAGGAGAUGAAUGGGCGGCAGAUUCGCAAUGCACUGCGAACCGCGCGCCAGCUCGCCAAGCACAGGAAUGAGAGGCUGGACUGGCCGCACCUGAGCCAGGUCAUCAAGACAUCGGGGGCCUUUAACAAGUAUCUCAAGGCUGUGAGGGGCCACAGUGAUGACCAGUGGGCUCGGGAAGAGAUGAUUAGGUAG